AUGAAGUCUUCGCAGAGUAUUUUAUUCGGUAUACUUCUCAUGUUUGUCUACUGCCGUGGUCAUUAUGCAAGCGUCAGUGAUCGCCAUGAUUUGUGUCCGAAAAUCAAUCCUUGGGUGUUCCUUGGCUACAGGCCGAUGGGCAAAGAAGAAGCUGGUAGCUAUGAAAAAAUUUCAAACGUCACAUUAAAUGGAUGUAUCAUGAAGUGCUGUGAAUCUGAUAGUUGUAAUGUGGUUUUCAUGAACAAAAACGAUUGUUAUACGCUGUCGUGUAAAUCAAAUGAUGACUGUCUACCGGUUUAUGCUAAAGAAAAUAUACUGAACUUCAAAAUGAUUUUGGUAGCUCCAAAAUUACCUGUUACAGAUUGGACUGACGUAUUGGAAAAAAAAAGUUUCUCUGAACCUGAAGAUGCCAAAGUGGUAUACCCCUUAGAAAAAAUAUGUGAAGUGAACAAUGAUUGUACAGAUAAUGAACUAUGUGACUCUCAAAUUGGUAUUUGUGUUUGUACCGAGGGUUACCAAUUAGACGAUACUAAGAAAUUUUGCUACUCAAAUUCUGGUAAUUUGGGACUUGGAUCAAACACAUCUGGUUACGAUGUAGAUGAUGUAAAUAAUGUUAUUACAGAACAACAACAACAAUUUGAUAGUUUGAAAAAAGUAUCGAUUGAAAGUGAAUCACAAAAACCACCAGAAAUCAAACAUUUAGUUGUUUCAGUUUUGUCAAAAACUGUCCGACUACCGGAAAACGAAGCUACACUUUCUGCUUAUACUGUACCAGCAGAUGACACAGGUCAUAGUUAUCAAUAUGAAUGGUCACUGAUUUCAAAAACUCAGGGAUCUGGGCAAACUGUAUCAAUGAAUGAUCAGAAUGGAAGCACAUUGAAACUUUCUCAUUUAGUUGAAGGUUUAUAUAUGUUCAAGGUAACUGUUACCGGUACAGGUGCUUUUGGAGAAACACAAGCCAAUGUUACAGUAUUACUACCGCAAAGAAUUAAUACACCACCAAAAGCUGUGAUAUUACCAUCGUCUUUGGUGGUAAAGUUACCUAAUACAGUAGCAGUGCUUGAUGGUUCCAGUAGUCGUGAUGAUACUGGUAUUGUGCAUUGGCGCUGGGAAUUACAGAAAGGUCAGUUAGGAUAUAGACCUCAUUUACCCCCUGACACUCCAACUUUACAGUUGAAUGAUCUACAAAUUCCUGGAAAUUACACAUUCAAAUUGACUGUUAUGGAUGCAUGGAAUGCCACCGACUCAACUACAGCUAAUAUUACUGUUAUGCGAGUUCCUGACUAUCCACCGGAGGCAAACGCUGGUCAAGAUAUGGUAGUUUAUUUACCAGUAAAAAAUGUUACUCUAAACGGAAGUCUCAGCACAGAUGAUCAUGGUAUUGUCGCAUGGGAAUGGACUAAGAGUUCAUCAGAUCAAAAUAAGGCUGUUGAUAUUCAAGAUACGCGUACACCAUAUCCUAGAUUGUCUAAUUUAGAAGAAGGUUUGUACACUUUUGUGUUAAGGGUGACUGAUAAUGCAAAUCAAACAUCAAGUCCAUCAGAAGUGCAUGUCUUUGUCAAACCACCAACCAAUAAGCCUCCAGUUGCCGUUGCCGGUAAAAAUUUAACAUUAUCACUGCCUCAAACUUGGGCAUCACUUGAUGGUUCUAAAAGUAGCGAUGAUAUUGGAAUACAAAAAUGGAAGUGGUUUCAAAUUAGUGGCCCAUCAAAUGUGCGUUUCAAUAAAGACAAUGAUUCUAGAACAAAUGUUACUGAGUUGACUAAAGGUGUUUAUGUAAUUGGUUUAACUGUCACUGAUGGAAAUGGAAAUAACGCUUCAGAUAUUGUUAAAAUAACAGUGUACCAAAACAAAAAUACUCCACCUAAAGCUAAUGCUGGCGGAGAUAAGACAAUUGUGUUGCCAGUCAGUGCGAUUGUUCUCAAUGGCUCAUUGUCAUGGGAUGAUUUGGCCAUUGUAAAAUGGGAAUGGAUUCGUGAACCAAAUUCAUUGGCUGCUGGAAAUAUAAUUUUAAAUUCAGACCAUUCGUCAGUUUUAAUUGUAACAAACAUUGUUGAAGGAAGAUACGUAUUCCGUUUAAAAGUUACUGACGACCAAGGAGCUUCUAGUGAAGAUAUUGUUUCAGUUAAUGUCAAGCCUGAUCCUAUUGCAAAGUCUAUUGUGUGUUUAACACUAUAUAUUGAAGCAAGCCGUUUAACACAAAAUCAAGCAGAUGAGGUUAAAUUAAAAUUAGGAAUGUUAUUGCCUACUGGCAGUCAGUUAAAGGUUAGGAAAUGGACAGAAGAACAAAAUUCUAAAAGGGCCCAGCUACAUUUCUUUGUUGAUGACAAUAAAAAUAAAACACUCUCAGGACCAAAUGUAGUGUCUAUGUUAAAAUCCAAACUCAAACAAGAUUCUUCUCUUUUACAACUAUCAGUAGACAAUAUUCAAACUACAGUUUGUCAAAAUAAUUGUUCAGGCCAUGGAAUAUGUGAGGAAGAAACACGUAUAUGUGUUUGUGAAGCCUUUUGGAUGCACAAUUUGUACAGAGCUUUAUUUGGAGAUGGUGAAUCCAAUUGUGAAUGGAGUAUUGUAUACGUGGUCAUCAUAUUAAUUGCUAUGUUUGUAACUACAGUAUUUUGUUUUUGGAGUAUUGCUUGCUUCUGCAAUCGCAUCUGUAAUACUAAACAAAAAAUAAAAAAAUACAAGCUGGUUGGAGUUGAUGAUGAUAAUCACUCAAUGAAAAGUUCAAUGUCGCACUUAGAAUUAUCUGACACAGAUUCGGAUUCAGACGUAUUAUUAGAUGUGAGAAAGGCCAAGUUGGAUAAAAACAGUAUGUCAAACAAGUUUUUAAAUGCAUCCCGUUACAAGAAGAAUAAGAGAGGAGUUAUUGCUUAA